AUGGGAAACAAAAACGCCCGCGGCAGCGCUGCUCAAGCACGCCCAUCCACUGCCAUGUUCGCAGAGCUUGCUCGUAAGCAACAGAUCGCAACUGAUGCCGCUCAGGCACUUGCUGCUGCACCCUUCGACAUGAGCACAUUACCUGCUCACCCUGCCAUCGUAAUCCUUGGCGACAGCGAGAUUGGGGUUCGCAUCACCAAGGACACAAAUAUGCCGGCACUCCUUACAGUCCUACCAAACUACGAGGCACACGUCAAGAAGAUCGCCAUUGAGAUCCAUACGCCUCCCCCCCACUUCGAAUCCCGUGAAAAGGUCGCGGAUCGACUGGAGAUGAUGAAGGGAUUCUACAACAUCAUCAAUAAAUUCAAGUGGGCCAACCUCGACGUCAACGUCUUCCUUGAUACAUACAAUUUCCCACAAAUGAAAUUGGCGGCUGGCUUGUGGGGUUUAAAGCGCAAGUAUUGGAAGUUGGCCUAUGAGGUCCAAGGAUACGAGUGUGAUUAUGUCAAAGUCACCGAUGGUUCGGAAUUCGGCCGCAGAUUGGCUGGAGUCUACAAGAGAGAAUACUUGAACCUACCGAAGGUGACCAAAUCCGAGUCAACUCAAUCGGUUUCUACCCAAUCGGUUUCAACUCAACCCAAGCCGAACAAAAUUCAACAAAAAUAG